GCGUUUUAUCCAUUUAUUCGAUUCUGAAGCAGGGAUUCAGACAAAGACCGAUCAAAGACUUCCAAGUAGAUGCAUAGAUUAACGUUAAGCUUUUUUUUUAAUUAAUCGAUUGUUUUUGUAGUUUUUAUCCGUUUGUAAAUUGGUUUAGCGACGCUAAGGAUAUUAUGUAUAAUACGGUCUGGACGACGGAUAAAUCCGGGGAGGAAGGAGGCUGGCGGGACGUGAUGAUGCCCUACUCCACCGAGCUCAUAUUCUACCUGGAAAUGGACCAACCGCCCGCUCUUCCUCUGAAGGCUCAGGAGUCUUCAUCGGUCGGGCCGGGAGGCGGCACCGGCGCCAAGGAGGGCGGGUCGGACGGGUCGCUGCAGGAGGCAGAGUGGUACUGGGGGGACAUAUCCAGGGAGGACGUGAACGAGAAGCUCAGGGAUACGCCCGACGGCACCUUCCUGGUCCGGGACGCCUCCACCAAGACGCAGGGCGACUACACGCUCACUCUGAGGAAAGGAGGCAACAACAAGCUGAUAAAGAUCUACCACCGGGACGGGAAGUACGGCUUCUCGGAACCGCUGACGUUCCGCUCCGUGGUGGAGCUCAUCGGCCACUACUGCCACGAGUCUCUGGCCCAGUACAACCCCAAACUGGACGUGAGACUCCUGUACCCGGUGUCCCGCUUCCAGCAGGAGGUGAAGGAGGACACCAUCGACGCCGUGGGCAAGAAGCUGCAGGAGUACCACCAUCAGUACCAGGAGAAGAGCAAAGACUACGACCGGCUGUACGAGGACUACACCAAGACCUCACAGGAGAUCCAGAUGAAGCGGACGGCCAUCGAGGCCUUCAACGAGACCAUCAAGAUCUUCGAGGAGCAGUGCCGCACGCAGGAGCACCGUUGCCACGACGACGACCAGAAGGAGGCGGAGAGCGUCACGAACAACUACGAAAAGCUCAAGUCCAGACUCGGAGAGAUCCACGACAGCAAGGUCCGGCUGGAGCAGGACCUGAAGACCCAGACCACGGACAGCCGGGAGAUGGACAAGAAGAUGAACAGCCUGAAGCCAGACCUGAUCCAGCUCCGCAAGAUCAGGGACCAGUACCUAGUUUGGCUGAACCACAAAGGAGUCCGUCAGAAACGGAUCAACGACUGGCUCGGCCUAAAGGACCAGAACCUGGACGAGAGCUGCUCCGUGAACCAAGAAGAAGGAACGCUGCCUCACUACGACGAGAAGAGCUGGUUUGUCGGGGAUCUGAACCGGACCCGGGCCGAGGAGCUGCUCCGCGGGAAGCCGGACGGCGCCUUCCUGAUCCGAGAGAGCAGCAAGAAGGGCUGCUACGCCUGCUCCGUGGUGGCGGACGGCGAGGUGAAGCACUGCGUCAUCUACAGCACGCCGCGAGGCUUCGGCUUCGCCGAGCCCUUCAACCUGUACGGCAGCCUCAAGGACCUGGUGCUCCACUACCAGCACACCUCGCUGGUGCAGCACAACGACUCGCUCGACGUGCGCCUAGCAUACCCCGUCUACGCACAGGAGCCCUCCGGACUCAGAUGAGCUCCGCCCACACAGAAGGCGGGGGCGGAGUUUAACCACAACAAUAACCACCACCACCAGAAACUAAACUCGUGCUGCAGCACACACAUCAGCCAACUGGGAGCUACAAAUAUAUUUUUACAGAAACUAUUUCAGAGGGCAUUCUUUAUAAAGACUGCUUGAUUUGCACAAGGAAGUUUUAAAUGUUCGUGAAUGUGAAAUUUAAAAAAACAAGUGAAGGAAAUGGAGGAGAUGACCACGUGUCAGGU